AAGGGUGGCAAAAAAGGAUCGUAAAGGGGGUAAAAGUGCGUCUCUCGGAUUCGUGCGGAAAAACAUCGAAGAAAGAUUGUCAGUUAUAUUAGAAACUAGAUUUUAUUCUUUUAUUUUGAAUAUUCGCGCUUCUAGUAUGGCGGACGGUAUAUUUACGUAACAGGACGCGUUUACUGCUGGUUCCCCCACUCAAGGUACACUAUCUCUUAUAAACUUUAUUCAGAGCUGUCCUCUAUACUGACUGAGAAGUCCGUGCACGAAAACAGUGCAAGACGUCAAGUGCAAGGAACAUUAGUGAAUUUAACAAAAUGCAAAGUUCUGCGACUAUUCGAUGGUUUUGAGACCGUAUUCUGCACUGCCGUUCGAAAAGUUAAGUAACAACCAAUCACAAGUUUACGAAUUUUCAUGCAGAAGCGCGUUAAAUCAUCAACAAGUAGUUUGCAAUUGGAAUUUACAAGAAGAGAAGUACUGCCCACGUGAGAAUGUAAACAUUUGAUCUUGUGUACGCGAUUUGUUAACUUUUCUGUCCGAUAUACAACACUACCACCUCGCUAGAAAAAGAUUAGCGUUUUAUAAUAUAAAUGAUUUUCUAUCUAUAUGCGGAACAAUAACUUCAUAUUAAGAAGACAAGUACACUUAAUGCUCCACAAAAUUAACAAGAAAUCUGAAACUAGAAAUGUGUUUGGAUUAAAAAGAUAAUAACAUACAAACAUGGAACGUUAUAAACAAAACUCGACGUACUACAAGGAAAACAAACGUUUUCUCAAACGUACAUAUAAUUCUAAAGCAGAUUUUUUGGAUCAGUAUGACAAAUUAUACAGUUAUGAUAAAACUAAGACGAAACUGCUUUAUCAUCAAAUUUUAUUGGAAUUGAAGAUAUCCAUAAAGGAUGGAGAUAUUGAACAAUUCAAGCGCCUAAGCAACUUCCUUUGCUACAUCAAUGCUUCAGAAAAUCACAAUGAAUUAGUAUCUUAUUACGAAGAUGCCGCGAAUUCGUUGAAAAAAACAAACUUUAUAAUUUUAGCCUGCCAGUGUAAUAGUACGGAAAUUAUAAAGUAUAUUUUUGACAAUUACAGUACUGUUUUGAAAAAGUUUUUUCUAAGUGGAAAAAAUAUAUCACCAGAAGAUAAAGAUGAAUCGUGCCAUACAGCAUUUUACUAUGCUAUUAGAUGGGGUAAUAUCCAAGUAUUAGAAAUAAUGAUUAACGGCUGGCCAGAUAAUUAUUUCGCUAACUCGGAUAAAUUAGAGGAAAUUUGUUCAAAAACGUAUGAAGAAUUAAAGUUAAAGAAUGUUCCUUUGACAAAAGAAGUAAAAAUAUUCAUUGAGGAUAUAUUAAUAAAUCUUCGCUUUUUCUCAAGUGGUUCUAACAAAGCGUCUACCUAUAAGCUUUCAAUCAGUAAUAUAAAUGAACGUAUCGAGAUAGUUCUUGAAAGAAUUUCGCGAUUAAGCGCGCUGGAUAAGGUUGACGAUAAAUGCGUCUUUAUUACAAGAUUUAUUGCACAAAAUAUUUUCAUUCUAAAGCAGCAAUUGAAAUGUACAUAUGACAGAUUGCCCUGGGAGGAAAUAGAAUUUUGCCUAAUCUGUUUUAUCUCGUCGUACAUAAAGAAGCAAGAAAUUAAUUUAUUUUAUCAAGCUACUUUAAGUAGCGCAAAGAUAGUCAAAUAUUUAUCGAGCUUUGCAAAUAAACUGAAAAGUGUGCAAGGCAGUAUACAAAGUUUGAAUAUUUCAAAAUUAAGUGUUCUUCCAAAAAUAAAUCGCGAUUUGAACGUCAAUAGAAUUAUAAGUGAGAAUCCUGAGUUCAAAGAGUUGUACGAUGAUUUCAAAGAACUGAGUGAAAUAUAUUCUUUAGAUAAAAUAAAUAAUUACGUUAACCUAACGUCGCUGGCUGAUCCUAAGAGAAGAGAAGGGCAAUUAGUUAUUAUAAGAUGCUUGCAAGUUAUUGGACAAUAUUUAAAAAAUACCUUAGAAUCACCUAAACUAUCUAGUACUAUAAGUGAGACACUACUGUUAUCAUUGCCAAUUAAUACGAGAGACAUUUUUAUCUCUCUGCAGAACUCGUUGUCAAAUCUUCAUACUUCAAGUAAAAUAUUGGAAAUUGAACAAAAUCAUAAUAUUCACUAUUUCGUAGGUUUGCAAAACGACACUAGAAAAAUCGGUACUGUAACGGCUUACAUGCUUUUCAAGAACAAGAUUAGAAUAGUGAAGGAUCUCUUGAAAAAAAUCGUAGACCUGAAUGACGCCGACAAAUUGGGAGAGGUAGCUCUGCUGUUCAAUAAAUACAAAUUAGAUUCCGUAGUCAAUGAAAAUUUCAACUCGGCGGAGUAUGACAUGCUCGAGUCGCUGAUUUCCGAGUUGAAAAGAAAUGUUACUGAUAAAACUGUCAAUGAAGUUAAUGUUUUUGAUUACUUUACCGGUACAAUUAGCGGCGAAAAAAGUAAAUUAAGUCACGUUUCCGAGGAUUUCUUCGCGGGAAAUACAUUACUGAGCAAUUUAUUCCUGAGUCUCCAAGAGAACGGCAUCGAAAGUAGCGAUAUUAUAUUAGCUAAAGGUUAUGCCGAAAAAAUUUUAGACUAUAUGAAUUCAACGAAGAAAUCAGAUUGCAUGAAAAAAAUAACCGAGCUGGUUGUUGAAUUAUACCGUUCCCGUGUAUUCCAAAUAAAGUGUGAUAACUUUCAAGAAAUCGAUAGACUGACUUGUAAACUAAUGAAUCUGGCUAAAUUGGAAACGGACAAUAUUGCAUGGGUGGAUAGAUUGAAGAAAACGUUGAAUAAAAGUACUUUUAUCGGGGAAGCCGAGGAAGCCAGAUCGGUCAAUUUAUCGGACGAGAAUUACGUUAGCGAACUCACCUCGAAGUUAUUGGAACUCCAGAGUGUAUUGUACAGUAAUAUAUUAAACAAUAAUUCAAAUAUUAUUACCGAAAACAUAAGUAACAAAGUGCAAGCUAUGCUAGAACUGUUGAUUUACGAUGUACUGUCGAUUUUAGGAAGCGCUAAGAAUUGUUUGGAGAAUAAUCUGUUGUUUUUAGAUGAAAUUACUCCUUUGUUGAUUGGAAAGAAUUUGCGCAACCAUUUGGCGUACAAUAAUCCUCUGAACGACGUUCUGCCCUCGGACGUAUCGGUCGCAAUUAUUCUCAAUGCCAAGAAAAUGGUGCUAGAAAAUUUGAUGACGAACAAGAAAAAAAUUGGCAGAUCGGUGAGAGAGGAUCCGGACAAGUUGAGGAGCAGAUACAAAGAAGAUCUAGUCAUCAUAUCUCGUCAGCAGCAAAUGUUCUCGGCUUUGGAGGAAGGAAGCCUGGCGUGUUUGAAGCACUGCAUCGCGAGCGGUGCCGAUAUCAACGGCUAUGAUAUCAAUUUCCAAACGACGCUGCACGUCGCGGCCAAAGGGUGUAAUCUCGAAGUCGUGGAAUUUCUUCUGGAUCAAGGUUUGAAAAUGAACGGUAAGGACAAUAACGGCCAAAUUCCAUUGCACGUAGCGGCCGAGCACGGCCGAGCUAACAUAGUGCAAUUGUUGCUCAAAGCGAACGACUCUUUCAUCAACGACAAAGACAAUAAGCAGAGGACGCCGUUGCAUUACGCAGCGCUGAAGGGUCACCACGAGGCUGUGUCAGUUUUGCUGAAGCACAAAGCGAAUAAUAUAGCCAAAGAUCAAAACGGGUUCGCUCCCCUACACUACGCAAUAACGAACAAUCACAGGGAAACUUUUUUAAUUCUCAUAGGCGAGGAGGAACACGACGACUACAAUGAAUCCAUGGGAGGAUUCACGCUGCUGCACUUGGCGGCGGAGAAAGGCCAUCCCGAUAUAAUAGACCACUUGUUGAAUUUCAAAGCCAACGUCGCCGACCGGACUGACAAAGGCGUGAUUCCAUUGCAUUUAGCUGUGAUCAAGGGUAACGUGGACGCGACGAAGAUUUUAAUACUAAGAGGCUCCAAUGUCAACGCGAAGAACAUCAAGGGUUCCACCCCGCUGCAUCUCGCCGCUGAGUACGGCUGCAGGAAGAUAGCCUCCAUUUUGCUGAAGUACGGCGCCGACGCGAACGCACUGGACAACGAUUUUUACACACCCCUGCAUUACGCCGCCAAGUCUGGUUUCAACGAUAUAAUCAAUACCUUAGUCAAGUACGGCGCGAACGUGGUCGCCGCCACGGACACCGGCGUUACUCCGAUCCACUUGGCGAUGCGGGACGGCCACCUGCACACCGUGCACGCUUUACUCCAACACGACCCCAGUAUCAUCCUUAGCGGCAGGGACUUUUUGAACAUAGCCAUCGACUACGGCCACAAGGAGGUCGUGGAGUACCUGGUCAAUCUCAACGUUGACGUGAACGUCCCAGGCGUCGACAACGUCACGCCGGUCCACAUGGCCGCCUCCGAGGGCUACAGCGAUCUCCUGAGGCUCUUCCUCGAGCACAACGGCAACGUCAACGUCGAGGACGUCAACGAGUCGACGCCUCUGCACGCGGCCGUCGAUCAGGACGUCCUGGAGGUUGUGAAGAUCCUCGUGGAGAACGACGCGCACGUGAACCACAGGGCCCUCUGCGGCUCGACGCCGGUGCACGUCGCCGCGAUGAAGGGCAACCUGGAGGUCAUCGGCUUCCUCAUGGAGCACGGGGGCGACGUGAACACCACCGACAACGACGACGCGACGCCGCUCCACUUGGCCGCCGAGCACAACCACAAGGACGCCAUAGUUCUGCUGCUGAAGAAGGCUAAGAAUAUCAACGCACAAGACUACGAGGGCAAGACUCCCCUGCUGACAGCGAUCGAGGUUGGCUCCCACGAGGCCGUGGAGGUCCUGGUGGCCAAGGGCGCCGAUGUGGACAUAACGAGCAAGACGAACUGCGCCCCACUCUCCGCGGCUGUCAAGUUCAACUACAAGAAGAUAGUCAAACUGCUGAUUGCCAACGGCGCCAACGUCGACGCGGUGAGGGGCCAGCCCCUGCUGUUCGCCGUUCUCUCCGGCAACAAGGACAUGGUCGACAUUCUGAUACAGAGCAAGGCUAAGGUCGACUUCACCUACGACGGCGGCAUAAGCCUCCUGCACGUGGCCGUCGAGAAGAACUUCGAGGGCAUAGCCAACAGCCUGAUAGCCAGCGGGAUCGACGUCAACUGCGCGGACUCGACCGACAGGAAGCCGCUGCACAUCGCCUCGGAGUUGGGCCACGAGGAGCUGGUAAGAACUCUGAUAGCAAACGGAGCGGUGCUCAACGACAGGAACGUCAACGGCAUGACCGCGCUGCACCUGGCCGCGGUCGACGGCCACACCAAGGUCCUCGAGAUCCUGCUGCAAAGCGGCGCGGACAUGAGCGCGAAGAACAAUGCGGAGAGCACCCCGCUGGAGACGGCGGUCGCGGUCAGCUGCUCCGCCAGCGUAAAAGUCCUGCUCGAGCGGACGAGGGACAGCAUCAACCUCGCCUGCUACAAGGGCUACACGCUUCUGCAUAUCGCCGUGCUGGCGGGCAACCUCAGCGUGGUGCGGCUCCUGGUGGAGAGCGGCGCGAACGUCGACGUGAAGGACUCGACCGGCGCCAAGCCCAUCCACUACGCGGCGACGAAGGACCGCAAGGACAUCGUCGAGUACUUCGUCGGCCUCGGGCAGAGCGUCGACGAGGCCGGCCCGCGACGCCAGCUGCUGCUGCACUACGCCGCGCUGGCGGGCCAGCUGAGCGUGACCGAGUAUCUCGUGCAGCAGGGCGCCGACGUGAACGCCCGGGACGAGGAGGAGAUGACGCCGCUGCACCUGGCCGCGCACCACGACCACCACGAGAUAGUGACGUUCCUCGUGAAGAACGGGGCGUACUUCAACGCGAGCGACGAGACCGGCAAGAAGCCCGUUGACAUGGGCACGAGCGAGGCGCUCAAGCGGGCCCUGGCCGAGACCGAGCUGCUCUUCGGCUUCGUCAGCCACAGCGAGGCGGACGUCGUGCAGGAGCGCGUGAACAGCGGGGCGAUUGUCAACGCGAGGAAUAGCGAGAACCUCACGCCCCUGCACAUCGCCGUGUCCAGGGGCAACGAGGACGUGGUGAACGUGCUGCUCGAGGCCGACGCGAGCCCCAACGUCGCGGACAGCGAGGGCCUGACGCCCCUGCACUACGCCGCCAAGUUCUCCCACCUGAAGAUCGCUAAGAGCCUGCUGGCCAGCGGGGCUGUCUACAACGCCGUGUGUAAGGCCGGCAAGACCCCGCUGGACGUGGCCAACGAGCGCAACACCAUCAACCUGCUCAAGAUGAUCGACGAAUCCUUCCAGAGCAUCGCCAACAACAAUUUCGACUUUAUCAAGGAGAUCAAGAAGAUCAAGAACAUCGGCAACGUGCGGGCCAUCGCCGGAGCGGCCAACCGGGAGCACCGCACCCUCGUGGCGCACGCGAUGCACUGCAACUUCUCCAGGGUCGACCAGCUAAAGCGGCUCUGGCAGGACUCGGACACGACCAGCCUCCUUGGCACCGCCGAGUUCUUCCUCGAGAACGGCCAGUACGAGGAGGCGAUCAGCCAGUUCACCACCGUGCUGAACAAGCGCCGCGAGAUCUUUAGCGCGAACGACCCCAGCAUCCUCGAGAUCAAGUACAAGAUCGGCUGCGCGCUCUUCGAGACGAGCAAGUGGCGCGACGCGCAGCUCCUGCUGGAGGGCGUCUACGAGAAGCAGGAAGCCAUCCUCGGAGCCGGGGCCAAGGACAGCCUGGCCACCAAGACGACCAUAGCCCUGCUGAUGCAGCAGCAGCGCCGGAGCUUUGACGCCCUGGCCGUGCUCGAGGAGGUUUACGAGAGGCAGCGCGAGCAGCCGGCCACCAGCGUGUCCGACAUCCUGAGCACGCGCGUCAACAUGGCCCUCGUGCUGGAGGACAUGCGCCGCUUCGACGACGCCAUGCAGAUCCUCGCGGACGUCUUCGAGAUCCAGAGGCGGAGCCUGGGCCUGCAGCACGCCCAGACCAUGGCCACUGAGUGCAAGAUCGCCCAGCUGUUGCACCGGCAGGGCAAGUGCGAGGAAUCGCUGCGCAUCCACGAGCGCAUCUACGAGCGCAAGCGCCAGGCCUACGGGCCGCUCCACCCCGAGACCCAGCGCGCCUCCAACAUCCUCGUGCAGGCGCUGAUACGCGACCGCAAGUUCGCCCAGGCCAUGGCCAUGUUCGAGGAGCGCCACGAGAGCGAGAAGGCCGCGAUCGGCGCCACCCAUCCGGACUGCAUGCAGACUCGGCAGAACAUGGCCCUCAUGUACCUGCAGCAGGGCAAGUAUCAUACGGCGCUGCGCAUCUACCGCGAGUGCCGCAACAAGACGGCCGCGGCUCUCGGCCGCAACAACCCCAAGAUCCAGAACUACGACGAGGCGAUCCGCGGCAUCGAAGAGGAGCUGCGCCGCAUCGGCUGCCUCGACAACAACGGCGACAGCUUCGAGAACCUCAUGCGCAUCGCCAUCAGGAACGACAAGGAGGAGGUGAUCCGCCGGCUGCUGGCCGAGCGCACCGACGUCAACUGCCGCGACACCGAGGGCAAGUCGCUGCUGCACUUUGCCGUGGACCGAGGCAACCCGCGCGUGGUCCGAGUCCUGCUCGACGCCAAGGCCAACGUCCACGUCUCGACCAACCAGGGCAACACGCCCCUGCACAUAGCCACGCUCAAGGGUUCCGCCGAGAUCGUGGAGAUGCUGCUGGGCCACGUGAGCGGCAACAAGACCAAGCUCAGCGAGCUGGUCAACGCCAAGACCAAGAGCAGGGGAACCACCGCCCUCCACGUCGCCGCGAAGAACGGCCACCGCGAAAUCGUCAAGUGUCUGCUGAGGAACGCGGCCAUCUACGACGCGCGGAACAACGACAGCGAGACGCCCCUCCAGUUCGCCGGCGAGCCGGAGAUCGUCAGGCUGCUGAGCCUCAUCGGCGAGCUCUUCGGGGACGCGCAGAGGGGCGACGAGAAGAUGAUCGCCAAGAUAGAGGCGGCCAACGCCGACGAGGUCCCGGCCAUCACGAACGCUCGCAACAGCGAGGACAAGACGCUCAUCCAAAUCGCACUCGUUAACAAGCAUAAGCAACUGGCGGCUCAGCUGCUGAGGAUGAUCAAUAAACCAAAUGAAAGCUAGGGAGAUUACGUGCCUUUGCUGAUUAUGAGAGAGAAAGCGGGAGAUAAAGAAAAAAAUCAAUUGUUAUGUAGGUGAAAUCAAAAUGUUAUUUUACUUGUACUAAUACUCAGGAAAAGUUUAUUUUUUUAGGCAAUACAUGAACGUCUAUUAUCAUUACUACUACUCUUUACAACGCACAUUAUUGAGAAAAUUAUUGUAAUAGUAUUUUUAUAUAUUUAAAUGAUGAUAAUAACGACGAAUAGGUUUUCAAAUGCAAUAGUUUAAAGAUAUUGUUAGCCUGAUGGACGGUGAUGUAUUCGAACUGAAUAUUUGAAAUCCAAUAAUAUAAACAACAACAACAACAAAUAAUUAGCUUCGUGAUCGCGCCUCAAUUUUGUAUUAAUUUAUAUAAUUUAUUUGUAAAUUGUUGGUAUAUUAAAUUUUAAUUUUGAAACUACCACUUAUGUAUUAUGUAUUAUCAUAAGAUUUUGAAUAAAUUGAUUUUUUACUUUUAAAA